AAUAAAUAUUUAAUAAUUUACGUUUGACUUACAAUAGCUUUGAACAAAUUACUAGUAUAUUUAAGAUUUUAUAUAUGCAUAGCGUGGUAUUAACGCUGUGAUACACGUUUAAGUAAAAAGGUCAGAUUACAACGAAAUGUCUGCUUUCGGAUUGCCACAACACAACCACCACCAGUUGAUCGAAGUCGGCAAGAUUGACUGAGUGUACUUUUGUGAUUGUAUCUGGCGUCCAAAAUGGCUCAAUCAAUGUUGAACAUACCCAGCAGUCACCGUGGUCCAGUCCCUCACGACAUGCUAGGUUCCGCCUCUGGCGUGCAUUCCUCUAUUGAACAAGGAGAUGAUAAAUCAAAAUACGAGUGCAGAAAAUGCAAAACACCGUUCCAGACUGCCGUUGCACGACUUUCCCAUGAGAUCAGUGGGUGCAUCGCCAUUGAUAACUUGCACCACUACGAGCCACCUGCAAACCAUCACCACCACCACCCCUCUCUUGGGCAAAACACUGCAGCCGAAGCUGACACUAAAGAGAUGUACCAGUGUCACCACUGUAGAGCUUACUUCAGUACCGCCGUCUCUCGUCUCAGCCACGAGUUACAGGACUGUCCAGCAUUAAGGGCAGGAGGCAAUAAUGUCAGUGACUCGCCGGUCCGAUCUACAUUUGGGAUGAAGUCCAGUAAGGAUGUCCACUCACCAGACAAUCCCAAGGAUGUUGCUAACCAAAGUGCUCGUGAUCGUUCACCUGUAAGGACAGAACCAGCAGCUCCCAAGGAGUACAAAUGUAAGUUAUGCCCGCAGAUAUUUUACACCCGGUCUGACGUCAAUCUGCACACAAGAUCGCACAAAGAAGGAAAGCCACACAAAUGCCAAGAUUGCGGAAAAACGUUCGCCAGCACAUCCUACUUGAGCCAGCACACUCGCAUUCAUACCGGUGAGAAGCCGUAUAAAUGUGAGUUUUGCGAGAAAUCUUUCAAGCAACUGUCCCACCUUCAGCAACACACGCGUAUCCACACAGGAGACCGUCCUUAUCGCUGCACGUAUCCAGACUGUGACAAAGCUUUCACGCAACUUGCGAAUCUUCAGUCACACACCCGCAAGCACACAAAGGAUAAACCCUUCAAGUGUAGAGACUGUUACCGUGCAUUUGACGAUGCCCAAGCCUUGCAACACCAUGCUUCUUGUCAUGCCCACACCAGACGAGAGCGGAAGCUAUCCUGCGGUGUAUGUGGCAAGGCUUACGCACAAGAAUUGUACCUUAUCAAGCAUAUGGAAUCUAAACACCCACAGAGUGCAGCAACAUCAAGUCUUGAGUCGCAGAAGUUUACAGGAAACGGAGCUAGUAAAGAUAAUGCGUCCGAAAAUAGUGGCACCUCUAACAAUCAAGAACACAAGAAGUACCCAAACCACUCCUCUUCGCAGCUAAGAGGAUCUGACCAUACUUCAAGUAAGCAGGAGGAUAUUCAACAACGUGAAGAGAUUCUCCAGAUGAAGAACAGGCAAGAAGAAAUGCUGAUGUCGCAGCACCGCCAAGAAAUCCUGAACAUUGAACACCAAGAAAUGCUUAGCAGAGAAAGACAGGAGAUGAUCAACCGAGAGAGACAAGAGAUUAUGAAUCGUGUCCAACGGGAUGAGCUUCUGCACCAGGGUCGCCAAGAGAACUUACUGGUUCAUCGGCAAGACCACUUUCUCACACCAAGACAACAGGAAGAGUUGCGUACACGUGGCAUCAACAUGUCUGCGUCCUCAACUUUAUCACACCUUCACCACCUAGAAAAGGGGAUGCUGAAGCCCAAUGUAGUCCUGCCAAGGAUGGAUCCCACCAGUAGAGCUCACCACAUGAAAGUUCCAUUUUCAGCUGGGAUGCAGAUGCUGACAGGCAUGCAUCAUGAAGCGAUGCCAUGUACAACAGAGGGUUUAGGAGUAGAUCCGAACAAAAAUGUAUUCCAUCACUAGAGCAAUGAACUUCUUAGUUCUGUGAGAUUUUUUUCCUAAUUUAUGUUUCAAAUUGUUGGUUUAACUUUAUCGGAAUCUUUACAAGGUAGCUCUCACAACAAUUUUUUAAAUCUGUAUAACAAAAAUCUGACAAAAUUCAUCUCCAUUUUCAAAAAUCAUAAACAGCACUUUUAAAGUAGCUCUGUACCUUUAUUAUGAUAUGUACGAUAAAUGUGGGACAGCCACUUUAAAUACUGCUACUCAAUGCUUUUAACUACAAUUUUUUUAUUAUUUUCUAUUCUAAUUGUUCUCAAACCAGUAAAUGACAAUAUUUGAUGGUGACUAAAGCCUCUUUUGGAUUGGACUUUUGCGAUCGAACUAACCAUUUACAGUAUGGUCUAUUUGACAUAAAUAAAUCCAGUACGGACAGCCUACAUUACUUUUUCCAUGGUCAAGUCAUCCAAGCCGCCCAGUAAGUUUAACCGAGUGAAUCAUGUCCAGGAAGAAUAGUCUCGAUGUUUUCCCAGGCUAGAAAAGUUCAAUUUGAACAGCUGACUUGGUUAAAUCUUUCUGUCCAUUGGUGUUGUCCGUACUUAGGAAUUUCACACACAAUUUGUGCACCAAAAUGUAAAUGUGCACUACGAUCAUGUAUUUAAAUGACCAUUUCUGCAUUAAUAUUAUUUACACAGGGUCUGAUACCUACUGCAUAUUGUAUUCCAAUUGCGAACAGCGGUAAGUCGUCUUGGUCCAAAUUGAUGAAAUGUUUUUACACGACUUUACACUGUUGUUACUCCAGUCACAUAUAUUUUCACUAAUAUAAUAAUUUUGUUCAUAGAUUAUAAUAAUAAUGCUCAUUGUUUUUUUUGUUAUUAUUCUUUUGAUAAUACUGUAACAUUAUUUUUACCACCAUCAUCACCACAUUUGCUGACUUUUCAUAACAUUUGUAUAAAGUGAUCAUAAUUAUAAGACGUCAUUCUACUAUCAUUCAAAUACAGAUAUUCUUUCUUGUUUACAGAAAAUGUGAAAUUCUGAAGCAUUGUCAUUCUAAUAGUUAGCUUCAUGAUCAUCAUCAUCGUCAUAUCAUCAUUAUAAAGAUCAGUAUCAUCACCAUUAUAAUCAUCAUUGUCACCAUCAACACAACUACCACCACUAAAAAUCAAUAACCAACUUAAUUAUUUUUUAAAAUAUUCCCUAAAAUUUCACCAAAAUGAUAUAUUGGUAUUGGUGAUAGUAGUAAGUGUAAUUACAAAUUAUUUAUUUGUUGUAUGUUUUUAUUUUAUAUUUUUAUGUUAAUAUAUAUUUGCAGUAAACAGCGCCACCAAUCGUUUACCUUAUAAUUGGUGCUGACUUAUUGUUUUCUUUUAUUUCUUUUACGUAUGUUUUUUUGUAUUUGAUCAAUUUCUCAAUCUUACCUGAGAAGGAUUCAGUGCCUUUGAUGAAAACAUUUUCAGUACUGCAACAGAGCUAACGGCUAUGGCUUCUCUAGCCACAAAGGUUUCAUGAGCCUCAGAGGUCCACAAGUCAUAGUACCAAAACCUCACAGGUUCCAAAUUUCUGGAGAUUACAAGAGCCUUGAAAGGUUCCACAAAUCAUGUUUUAAGAACUUCUGAGGUUCAACAAAUUAUUGAGGCUCAAAGAGCCGAAAAGAAGGUUCCAUAAUAAAUCGUAUAGGUUCCAAGAACCACAGUUGUUCCAAGAACCACUGUUGUUCCACAAAUCAUAGAGGUUCUAAGAGCCUUGGAAGUUCCAUAAAUCAUGGAAGUUCCAUACAUUAUAGAGGUUGCUCAGUGUUUAUGAGCCACAAAGAGUUGUAAUAGAAAGAGCCUUGUUAUAUUGGAGAGUAUGGGCUAUGUAUUGGAGGGAAUGCCUCGACGGAAAGUAUUUUCUGUCUGCUGUGUAGUUAGUUCAGACUGAUAAGUUUUCAUUGUAAUUAGACUUGCUAUAAGCUACUGUACAUGCAAUUGGUUAUAACUCUGCUGGUGCAUUGUGGGAAUCGAUCUGUAACUAUGUUGGGACCAGUGUUGUGUGUAUGUGUGUGGAAAUUCUGUUGUGUUGGAUGUCAAAAAACGACAAUACCGACAAAGAUCGCUAGUGUCGAUUUAAAAGAAGCUUAACUUUUUAGGAGGAAUUCUCUCCAGUAUUUGUAAGGUGAAAUUAUUAAGUAGUGUAUUAGCUGAUUUUAACAGAGUGGUAGAUGUUGCAAUUGCAACUAAAACUACGAAUGCGCAAUUGUUCUGUAGAUAUUCCGUGCCAGUUGCGGUGUUAGCUUGGGAAAAUGGAUAUUAUUUGCUUGCCAAAAAAAAAAUAAAGAAAAUUAAAUCUAAUUCUGGAUUUAGUUUACUAUAGAGGGCACUAUAGGGUGAUGCUUGUCAUGGUAACAUUGAUUCAGAAGAAUUUAAUUGUGCAAAGAGAUAAAAUAUAUUAUUGCAAUGAAUGAUGAUUCAAUUCUGUGGAUAACAUAUAUUUAAAAUGUGGGAAAUUUUAAUUUUAGGGCAAUUUUUAAAUCAAUUUUACAUAAUUCUCUAAAUUUCAAUUUGUAAUUUAGAUUUGUAUUAUUUUACCAGACAACAUUGGGUUUUUUUAUUGCAUAAAUAGAAUGUAGUUUUGCAAAAUAAGAAAAUAUUUGGGAGUGGGAUGAUAAUUUGGUUGUGAAAUUUUCAGUAACCGUGGUAAGUUAAGACGAUAGACGAUUUAAGCCCAGCAAUUUUGUAAUUUAAGUAGAGUAAUACAAGCAAUCCAAGUAAACACGGUGGAUAAAUAAGUUUUACAAAGUCGUUUUGGGAAGCCAUUAUUUGGCUAUUUUACGCUGCAAAUGGGAGCUGAUUAUUUUUUAAAAAUUAAAUGUUUACAUAUUUUAAGGAAUCUUAUCAUGAUUGUAUUAUUCUUCUAUACCUUCAUUUUAAGGAUACGUUUAACUUAGUGUAAUAAUUGGUAUACGAUCUAUGAAUGUUUUUGUUGUAAACAAAGUUAUGGAUGUAUAGAAGGGAAUAAGGAAUAACCGCAUGGUAGGAUCAAUCCAAGGCCGUACUGUUUAACAAUGCACAGCAUAAAGUACCACCAAGUGGGCUGAGUCAGAAGUGACGUUAAACUAUUUGUAUGUUUGUGGAAAAAGUGUUCUGAACAUGCACAGAUAAAUAAUGUGUAUUCCGUAAGUAUGCCAAUGAACCGAAAACCAAAUUUUUUCAAAGUUAAGAGAGAAACUCUAGUGUGCAACUUUUGGGCUAUGGUAGAUUUUAUAGUUUUUAUGUGUCUUUGAUUUUGCAAAAAUUAGUUAUUUUCUGUUUAGUCACAAUUCGUUGUAAAAUGUACACAGCUGUUUUUAACAGAAUGUACUGUAUCCCACAAGGGGGAUUUUUGUCAAAAAAUCCAUGUCAAUUUAUGGAGUAAAAAUUUGCCUAUUGCUUUAGGGUCAACUAUGUAUUGUACCUACUGAGAAUAUGUAUUCAGUCCAGUAACUAGUUUAGACCAGUUAAAACUGGCAUCAACUCCCCCUGAACUUGUUUCUUUUUCCUCCAGAAAUUUUCAUUGCAUAUAUGGUUGAGAAAAAAUGUCAGAAUGUUAUACUGUAAACAAAUGCAAUAGAUAUACUGGUCAACAUAGAAAAAAUAUACAAGUUUCAUUAUAAUUGAAAAGUUUUACUUAAAAUUGUUAUGUAUUUUUCUUAUACUUCUUCUCUGCUAUGUCUAUGUAUCGUUUUAAAAACAUACAUAAAUUUAUAUUAUUGUUUUCAAUACUAACUUGUUUAGAAUAGUUGUUUUUGUGUAGUAUCGAAACCCCAAAAGAACAUGUUUUUCUCUCCGUUUGUUUGGUGAGCCCUGAUUGUAGAACAGGCCUCAAGUUUGUAAACCUUUAUUUGGUGCUUUACAAUUAAAUUGUGAAUAGAAAGCAUGUAACUGUUGUGUAAUAGAUUGUUGCUAGACCUGUAUAACAGGCUGUACUUUGUUAAAUUAUUUUAGUGGUUUGUACAUUAUAAACGAUUAUACAAACGCUGCCUUUGUUUAAGUAUUUUCAAAACCCAGUAUGUGGAAUUACCCCAUCUCACUCAAACUGCUAAUUUCUUGACAAUCCCUCCAUUUGCACUCAAUAUACCAUUCUUGGUAUGGUAACCAAUUUGUUGCAUCUACUAAUUCGCACUAAAUACAGUAAAUCACUUGAUUCUAGAUUAGUCAAUAAAAUUGACUUCCACCUUAAUCUAAUCAAAUUAUCUUUGCCUAUGUAAAAUUACCUUUAGUAUGAGUAUUCAAUAUUUUUCAUAGGAUUAGCAUAAAUAUUGUCUCCUUUUUAAACAUUUAGUGUAAGGUAUUUAAAAUUAUUCAAUAUUUUACAUUGAUAGUUGGCACUAUAAACAUUGCUUAAUAGAAUCAAAUGACAAAACAUUAUUUUCAAAAGCUUGGGGACCUUAUUAAGAAAACUCUGAUCCGGGCCCAUAACAGAAUAGAAUAAUUGUGGUAAAGUCCCCAACAUUUUAAAAUUUAGAUAUUCUAAUCCUAUGUGCAAUUCAAAUAAAUUAGGUAUAUUUACCAGUAAUGAAAUAUUUCUGAAAUGCCAAUUUCAAAAUAUGAAUGUUUAGUUCUAGUUUGAUUUAAUUUUACAAACUAUGUCGAUUUAUAAAUUUUACAGAUGCCAGUACUAUGGAAAGGAACCAAAAGUUAAAAAAAAAAAUUAUUUAACUUCUGCAUUUUUUUAGCCUUUAUCUAAUCAUGUGUUAGUAAAUUGACUUGUGAAGGGGUAAUUCCAUUGAGGUUGGAAGGGCAAAACAGAGCAUUUUCCUGGCAAUUAAUAAUACAAGACAUUGUAAAUGUAUUUGUGGUUAGAUUUAAGUGUGUCAUGCUUUUUAAUCAAUUUUUUGAAUGUGUGCAUUGCCAGGAAAUUGCUUGCAAUUUUUCCCCAAUUGACAUGGAUGUUGAAACAUCCACAGUUUGCACAAAUCCAUAUAGCUAGAUUAAGAAUUUGUUUAAUUUUUUUUUUUUUUUUUGUUUAAAAAGUAGAUAAGUACUCAGAACACUUUAUUUCUAAUUCAUGGCUCCAUCAAAUAAGGUGUCUUCUGCUCUAAGCCAAGAUACUGUAAAUAUUCAAAAGUGCUAUCAGAUCUCUAGACUGUGUUUUAAAGCUUGGCACAUAUUGUCAGAUUUUUUCUUUCAAACUCAAAGACAACAUUUGAUCAAACAUGUUGUACGACUGCUAACAGCCAUGGACAGAAAGAUAUUUAGAUCAAAUAUGUUUGAUGCUUGUAUAGCUAUAUCAGAUGUUGGUCUAUUAAACAAUUGUUGAGUCUGACGACCAAAAUCUGGUAAUAUAUGCCUGAAUUUACAUUGGGAAAACUCUACAUGAUAAAGGCAAACUCUGAAAAUAGAAAUGUCAAUCAGAAAGUUUUGCAAAUUAAAUAUUUUCAGUUGGCUGAAGAAAGCUUUCGAAUAUGAUCUUUAGUGAAAUGACUCGUGUAAAAAGUAGGUCCCGUUAUUAGACAUCCAUAGUAUUUAAAUACUAGGUAACAAGCCAGUGUUGUAUUUGCAUGAACAUCAAUGCUUACCAGGGUAAAAUACUUUGGAUAUUACUAUUUUCUAUAUUGGAUUUUAAAAAUAACCCUUAUAAUAUUAUUUGCUGCGCGGCAAAUUUCACCAUUAUGAGAUCGAUUUUCAGUAUUCGAAGAGCACAAUUUAUGUCUUUUCCAUGUUGCUUUCAAAUAUUCUUCUAGUUAUCUAUGCAUCCCAUGAUAUGGUGAAUUUGUUUACAGUAUUGGCCAAAAUUAUAAGUUCAUAAACGAAACCUACAUCUCCAUUACAAGACUGCAGACAAAUAUUAUUAAGCCCUGUCUACACUAUCAAAUUGUAUGUAACAAAUACCAAUAUUUGGAUGUGAUCUAACAUCAUCGUGCCAAUAUAUGGGUGGGUGUGAUCUAACAUCAUCAUGCUCAUAUAUGUUUGAGAUAAUGAUUUGAAUGAAGAUGCAUUGGAAGGUAUCCGUACUAUCAACUUUUGAAAAAUUUGUGUUCAUUGCCCAUAUAUGGACAUGAUGAUGUAUGUGAAAAUCACCGGUAUUUCCCGCACAAAAUUUGAUAUUGUGAACAGAGCUUUAUGUUUAGAUUUAUGCACAAUCUUCAGACAGGGCUUUUUUGAUAACCCUCCAUUUUGCAAUGAAAGGGAAUGUUUAUUUUGAUAAACAACCAACCAGUAAUGAUGGAAAUGCUCAGAAACAUCUGCUAGUUUUCAAGCAAAUUCGCUAUUGAUUAAAUAAAAAAAAAGUUAUAAACAAGUUUGUAAUAUUUUCGUAAAGAAAAUACGGUAGUUUACUGUGUGUGAUGUGUGAUUAUUAGGGAGCUUUCGCAAUGGAGUGUUUUUUCGUACGUUCUUCAGACGUUCUUCAGAUGCAUUUGCAAAAUUUGAUGUUUUGCAUUUUCACAUUGCUAACAUAAGACACAUAGAAUCUACAAGUUAUCAUUAAGGCAAAUGCGCAAUGUACGUACAUGCCGUGGAUAGUAUUUUGUUAUGGGAAUCAUACGUUCACACAAACCUGGUGUGAGAUUCCCUUCCAUUUGCGAAAACUCCCUAAGUCCGACAAACUGAUACUACUGUGUUUCAAACUGGUAUUAUCUUUUAAAGUUCCUGUGCCCGAUGCCUAUAUGGUUUCUUAAUGAGAAAAAAUAAGUAUUAUAAGGUCACCAUCCAUCAAAAGUAACAGUUGAAGAACUUUAAAAUGAAAUAUUAUAAUUUUGAGUAACGUUUAAAAAUAUAUCCUGGGAAGCACGAUUCAGUGCUGCCACUUUGGAAAACGUAUUAUCAGUACAAGUUGUACGCUAUUCUGAGUUUGUGUAUCUUUAUAAGUAUUAACCUUAACAUGUUAAGAAUUGUUACCAUCCUUCUUGAGGUCAUGCUAGCUAGCGUUUUUACGUUGAAUUGAUUUCUUGAAUUUGUCCUGAACUGCCAGAGUUGCAUUUAUUCAUUUCCCCUAUCUUGUCAUUAAAAUUAUCUCCCAAAAGAUGGAACAAAGCAUUACAUUUCGGAUUCAUUUAAUAAAUCGUUUUCACUGCUGAUAGUUUUUCUCUUAUUAUUUGCCGACGUACUUUCAAUACAUCCUCCAAAACAAUACAAUACAAUAACUACUCAACUAGUAAAAUUAAGCAAUAGGCCUAUAUUGGUAAGUAAACCAUAAUUAUUCGUUAUGUAGAUGUCAACACAAUAUUACCACCUUAUGAAUAUUGAUAUCUGUGAAUAAAUUUGCAUAUAUUAUUGAAA